AGUGAUCUCCUAACAACCUCCAACUUUCCACCAAAAUGCACCCCGGAGCGACACGACGACAACGGGAAUCGGCUCUACAAGCGUCAAAAACCUUCACAACAAGCCAACAACAACUACAACAAUGGAGCCGACGUCUCCUCACCGACGACGAACAAUCAUCUCUCUACUCGUUCUACAACGAAUACCAAUCAACCCGACAAGUCCACACACUAGUCUACCGAUGCGCGCAACUCUUGCGAACACCAGAAAAGCGAUAUCUCGUCCACGCAUUGAGAAACAUCAUCUCACCGCUCGACCGAGCAAAAUUUGACAAAUACGUGAGCGAAUAUGGACUGAACUUGUUUCCAAACGCGUCGAAAUCGCCUUCGUUUUCCUCUCCUUCACGCGCGUCGUCGUCAGUCGGGAACCGGAAAUCGACCACGCCCACUUAUUUGGAUCUCUCCAGUUCUUGGCCGGCGUCGGGAUUUAGCACGAGUCCGAGGCAGCGACCGGUUUCUGUGAGUAGUGAGAGAGAUAGGAAUGUGGUGAGGAAGUUGUUGGUGAGGAGGACGAGUGAGAGUGAAGGAUUGGGCUUCAGCUUCCGGGGCGGGGCUGAGCAUAGAGUGGGAUUGUAUGUGAGUGGCGUGGAUGCUGGGUCUGCGGCGGAGAAGAGCGGGCUGCGAGCCGGUAUGCAGUUGUUGAAGGCGAAUGAUGUGAGUUUGGAGGAUGCCACGACUGAUCAAGCGAUUCGAAUUCUCAAAGGAAGUAAAAAACUCAGACUGUCUGUGAUCGACAGAGGUAUGUAUCCAGGCACAUACACUGCUCAUACGCAGCAUAGAUGGGUUGAUCCUAAUGGUCGACUCGCAUCACCUCCACCUGAGAUUAAAGCUUUAGAAAGAAGAAAGUCUGAAUCGGGAGGAAGAAGUGAAAUGAGACUUCUAUCCAACUCGGAUGAAAGGAAGGUGAACGUUCUUGUAAAGAACGGGCAAAAACUUGGUAUAAGCAUCAGAGGUGGCAUAGAGUUAGGUGUUGGGAUCUACGUGUCUAGCGUUGAUGAGAACUCAGUAGCUGAAAAUGCGGGGCUACGAGCCGGAGACCAAAUUCUCGAUGUCAACGGUGAGAGUCUCUUAGAAGCGACUCAUCUGGAGGCAACAAACAUGUUGAAGAGUCAAGACCAUCUGAUGGUGAUGACCAUCAAAGACGUUGGCAAGAUCCCUCACUCCACAGUCAAAUACAAUCACUCAGACUGGGUCUAUUGUAAUGAGCAAAAUACGAGUGAUGCAUCACUGAAGGAUCGUAGUGCUACUCUUCCUGCUCGUCUACGCCAUAAGGCUCAGUCUACGGGUGAUGAAACUGAGCCGUACUUUAGAGAGCAGCCAUCAGCGGAGUUCUCGACGUUUAAGGCAUCGGAUGAUGAGGAAAAGACGAGACGUGAAUCCACCAUCUUCAAACAAGGAAUGGGCACUCAGUUAGUAAUGAAAACAACACAAGUCUCCACAGCUCGUGCUGAAAUCGAGUCCAAAGCUCAACACAUCCUCACCGAACACGAACUCAGCUCUCUCCACUACUACCUCUCACAAUACCAAGACGGUCACGUCCAUGUUGACGAUCUGGUCACUGCAUUGAGAAACAUUCUGGACACGGUUGAAAAAGCGUCGCUCGUCACUGACAUCAUUCAAAUUGUGACACCACGUGACCUCGACCGAUUCGAGAGCCUCAUGAGAGAAACAGAGAUGGAAGUCAUGCGGGAACGACGACGUUUGGAGUCAAUAAAUCGGAUGAAAGCUGCUUCCAUGAUUACAGACUCACCGCCUGUUAGAAGGCAGGCAAUCCCCGGAUCAUCACAGGUUGAUGUGAGGCAUUCACCCAGUCAGCAGAGAGUAGCAGUGCUGCCAAGGACUGAUACGUAUUCACCCAAUUCAAGCCAAGACGGGGACUAUACAAGGACUGGCACCAGUCCCCUCAUCCAUCAAAUAGCAACAGUAGCCGUCGUUCACAAGUCAGCAGCCGCACAGCCUGACGAUGACAAUGACGACGACGACAACGACGACGAAGAUUCCACAGAAUCCGAAAACAGCAGCGAAUCAGGAAUCGCACAAGUAUACACAGUAAACCAUCCAGCAUCAGACACGACGUCCGAAGUGUCUGACACUGCAGUACUAGUCGCAGUCAAUGCGAUCGCUGCCGCUGCAGACGAGAGCGACAAAGAAGACGAAACGGAGAGAAACAAAGACACAGAAGAGAGAAACAAAGACACAGAAGAGAGAAACGAAGACACAAGAAAUGAGACACAAGACAACAUAAGAGCUGAUAGUAAGUCAAAUGUGGACAAAACAGCAGACAACAUUGUGACAAACACGAGAGACGAAUUUGUAGCCGAAAGUACCGAGGCACCUCCUGUGUUCCACGUUCCUGCGCCUCCGAGUCACGACGAAGACGUCGAUAGCGAACACGACGAACCGGCCGAUAAGCAGGAGACCGUCGUUCCCGUUGUACAACCGAUUGCAGCAGCUCCCAUAACACAAACUGUCGUCCACAAGCCGUCACCCGCAGUCUCCCUACAACCGAUUGCAGCAGCUCCCAUAACACAAACUGUCGUCCACAAGCCGUCACCCGCAGUCUCCCGACGUCCGCCCGUCUUCAUGCCUCCUCCUCCUCCUCCUGCACCCGAGGCGUCCACCACUCCUCCAAUAUUCCACGUCCCUCGACCUCCUUUGGAUGAAUACAUAGACUCUAGUGAUGAUGAGACGAAGGUGGAGAUUACCACAGACAAGCAGGUGGAUGGAUUGGCAGUACAAGUCGGUGAUUCAGAGAACACGGACCGAGUCGUGUCUCCAGACCCGCAGGAAGUGCUUCAACAAACGAUGCAUCAACGAAGGAAACGAAUCAAUCCCGGCAGCAUCUACAUCCGGGAGCGUGCGAAUCGAUCGAUCUCUGCAGACUCGUCAACGACCGAGGUGUCUGUUGAUGAGACGUGGGAUCCAUCGUUUCAUGACACGUCGACACUUGAUAAUUCGAUAACAUCGACUCACAGUAAACAAGGACACGAAAAUGUCCGUAAAUCUGAUGAGGAAAACGAAGCAGCCGAACACACGAGAAGAGAAGAUGAUCACGAAGAUGCUACAGACGAACCGGAUGGCAACAGAGAGGCGACAGGGUCGAGUGAGGAGACUGAAAAGAGGCCUGAUGAUGUGACUGUUGGGCAAGCGGAUGAUGUAUUGAUGGUUAGAGGUGAGAAGGAGGAUGUUUUGGAGCGACAGGGAAUGACACAAGAUGAUGGUCAAUCGGAAGUUCGACCGUCUGUAGUCGUGAGUGAUGACGAGCAGCCGGAAAGUGUUGAACACAGAUUGGAGCAGCACACAGAUGCACAGGACAACCAACCUCAACCCCAACCCCAACAACCCACUCACCCCACCCCACCCCAAACCACACCCGACGACACCCUCACCCCUACCGCCACCUCAACACCCAUCAAACCCUCCGAUCCCUACACCUACAAACCAUCCCGCAGCGAAAUCUACGGAGCACCUGAAACACCCAAGCAACCAACCGAAGACGUCUACGCAAUACCAAACAAACUAAAAAAGAGCCGAUCGACGACACCAAAACCGGAACCAGAACGAGAGCCAAAAACAGUCGCUGGAUACACUGGCCUGACAGGCACGAUCGUCAACGUCUUAGUACCGAAAAACAAACCGAGACUCGGAAUGUCGGUCAACGGCGGCUCGAACACCAAACAGAAAGAGAUACGACUGAGAGACGUCCAGCCCAAUGGAUGUGCUCAUGCUGUCAUGCCGCCCCUCAAGCUCGGUCAACAGAUACUGGCCGUUGAUCAUCGUUCACUGAAGGGGUUGACGCAUCGUCAGGCGGUCGAGAUGAUCAAGGAGAGCUUCAACAGUCGACGGACGGAGAUGGAGUUGACUAUACAUGAAGAUGACGAGGCCAAGCAUUCGGGCGACAAAAGCUGAACUCAUGUAUGUCUGGCUGGUCUAUAUAGUCAAGGACUUUAAUACAGAUUUUUGCAUCUAUUUUCGUAGUCGUGGAUGGCAUUUUGAUACGCUGUAUUUUUCGAUAUCAGAUGGCAUGAUUGCACGUGACAGGCACGUGAUAUACACGUGACUCAUUUAUUGUACACUUUAAUUCGAUGAAAAUACAAAGUGAAUAUCGACAAUACAAUA